CAGUAAAUAUUUUUUUUUUUUCAAAUUAUGUUUGAUAUAGCAAUUUCAAAAAUUUCAUUUUUCAAACUAAAGUGAUAGUUACUCUAUAAUGUAUCUUCCGGCAACAUUUUGGUAUGACUCAAGCACCGCCAUUAUUGAAACUACCAGGAAACAUCACACUCCACUUCACUAUCAUUUACGUCAACAUGACUAUAUGAGUUUCCAGCGUGAACUAAGAGCAGGUGCUAAUCCUUUUGUUUUAGACGAAUGCGGACGUACCCCAUUAGACCUCGCAUUACUGCAAAUGGAAGAUUUGCUAGUAACAGCGUUUUGUACAACAUUUUCUAUAGAUGUUUUGAUGAGAAAUAUUCAGUAUCAUUUGAGACAUCCUGCUAAAUUUAAACCAAAUUAUACUGCUGCUUAUGCUUCCAUGUACGAGCAUCAUAACAAUAUUCGGUUGAAUUAUUGUGCUGAGGACUCACCUGACUACGGAUUAAGCUUGGGUACUGGAGCUUUUAAAGAAUGCCCAAGGUACGUACCGAGAAAAUUCGAAUUUUAUCAACAUAAUUUACUUCCAAAACGUGCUUACCAAGAAAAGCUAAACUUUACGCAAGAACAAAAUACAUCAUGCGAAAAAAAACUGUAUAAAUGUAAUCAUGAAGCUCAUGACCAUUACCCACAAACGACGGAAGACCAAAUUAAACUAAAAUCAAACAAAGGAAUAUAUACAAAAUUUUCAAAGAGUAUAAAACCGCCACAUGAAUCACAGGAAUUUAUUUCCCAAACGCACAAUUUGCCGUAUCCAAAUCGAAAUUCUUUUGAAAAAAAGUUUCAUAAUAAAUUAUUGUUAGUUGUUGAAGACAGUUUAUUAAAUUUGAAUAAAAAUCAAAUAAAAAGUCGUAUGAAUCUUAUUGAAUCUCAGCUAGCAGGAUUAGCACGUGUUAUAACUAUAAUGGCCACAAGCGCUAGUUUGCGCCAUCAAGCCAUAACAUUCCGUUCAAUUUUAUCAAAAAAAAAAUGUUCAGAUGUUGCAACCAAGAACCAUCUGACCCAUCAUCCUUUUAUUUUUGAAUACUUUUCUUUUCCUUACCUUUUUUUUGGAGUAUUGCAGAUAAUUUUUGAAACGUAUUUUGAAGAUAAGAACCAACAUAACUUCAACUUGACAAAUCCUGUAGAUGGGCGCCGACUCAUAAAUUUAGUUUUUCAGAAACGUUUAAAAGGCCACGAAAUUCUAUUCUUUCUAAAAAAACUUAACAACUAUUUAGUGCUUUAUAUAUCUGUCAUGGGAAUACAACAUUUUAAACCUUCUCGAAAUUUAGCAGAAUCCCUUUUGUACAUGGCUUUUUGUUUAGAUACAACCCCUUUGUUUGAUAUUAUAUGUAAGUCUUGCAUUAUUUUUGAAGGGAAGACUCAUUUCGAUUGGUCCUCAACGCUUAAAACGCUCAUUUUACAUAAAAAAAAACUGGACGUGUUUCUUUUUCCGUUACUAUCACAAAAAUUAAUGAAUUUAAAGGGAAAAUCGCACAAUAACGAAAAUUUCGUUUUACAAAAUUCGCUAAGCCACUCGGCCUCAGUGCAAAACACACAGUCUUUUUUUUCUAAAGCAUCAAAAGAAUUUAAUGAUGCCUUUAUAGACCUUUUUAAAGAAAUAUUUGGAGUAUGCGCUUUGCAUCAUUUGAAAAUUAUAUUUCAUCGCUGGUUUCAUCAUCAUCUUUAUCAUCAUCAUCAUCACCUUUUACAAGGAAAAGAAAACAUUUCAUUUCCUCAACAUAUUUCAAACCUUAGCUAGAAAAAGAUUGUGCAGGUGUUUUAAGACGCAUAAGACUGCUGAAUAUUUUUUUAUCAGUAACCUUUUUCCGUACACUUGAAUGGUGCCCAAAACUACGUUAUUGUAGUGAUUUUUUUUUUUACUUUAGUCAUUCAUAAGCAAUACAAAUAAUUUCUUAUGUCUUAAAAUCUAUUUAUAUGGAAUACAUAAUGUGAAUUUUAGGUGUACUCAUGUAUAAUUUUUUUUGAAACUUAUUAAUUCAAUUCAUUUUUUUUGAUU